AUGUUUUCUGGAGAACUUGUUGCAAUAUGUAUAAAAGGGAAAUCUCUAUUCUGUGCUCAUUCUUCUUUCCCACGCUUUUUCUGUAGGGCUGGGGCCCCAAGAAAGUUAUACAUGGAUGGGGAAGUGGUCAGGGUGUUUUCUGUCUGGCGAGGACACGAUGCCAAGGUUUUGAGCCUCAAGGCGUGUGGGAGCUUCGCUCCGCCACCAAGGAGGGAACCCAUACCCCCUGCAUUGGAAGAAAAUAGUCAAGAAAAGACUUCUCAGCUCAAGAUUCAUUGGAUGGCAUCACCCAGCAACGACUCCACAGCUCCAGUCUUUGAAUUCCUCCUCAUCUGCUUCCCCAGCUACCAGAGUUGGCAGCACUGGCUGUCCCUGUCCCUCAGCCUCCUCUUCAUUCUGGCCAUGGGGGCCAGCGCCACCCUCCUGAUCACCAUCCCUGAGGCCUCUCUGCACGAGCCCAUGUACUACCUGCUCAGCUUGCCCUCCCUCCUGGGCAUGGUGCUCUGCCUCACUGCCAUCCCCAAGGUCCUGGCCAUCUUCUGGUUUGACCUCAAGUCCAUCAGCUUCUCUGCCUGUUUCCUCCAGAUGUUCAUCAUGAAUAAUUUCCUCGCCAUGGAGUCCUGCACACUCAUGGUCAUGGCCUAUGACCGCUAUGUGGCCAUCUGCCAUCCACUGAGAUACCCAUCCAUCAUCACUAACCACUCUGUGGCCAAGGCUAGUGUCUUCGUUGUCAUACAAAAUGCCCUUCUCACUGUACCCAUUCCCAUUCUCUCUGCCUAGCUCCUCUACUGUGGGAAAAAUGUCAUUGCGAACUGCAUCUGUGCCAACCUGUGCCAGCUCUCCUGUGACAAUUUCACCCUGAACAGAAUCUACCAAUCUGUAGCUGGUUGGACCUUACUAGGCUCAGAUUUCAUCCUCAUCUUCAUCUCCUACAUCUUCAUCCUAAGAGCUGUGCUCAAGUUCAAGGCUGAGGGGGCUGCAGUCAAGGCUCUGAGCAUGUGUGGCUCCCACGCCAUCCUCAUCCUCUUCUUCAGCACCGUCCUGCUGGUUGUGGUGUUGACAGUUGUGGCCAGAAAGAGCAUCCCCGUGGACACCCUGAUUCUGCUCAAUGUUCUUCACCACUUCAUAUCCCUUGCCUUGAACCCUAUUGUAUAUGGGGUUCAAACCAAAGAGAUAAAACAAGGAAUUCAGAAAUUGCUGCAGAGAGGGAUGUGAAUAUGUAAAAUAGAUUUCUAAUUCUCUCUCCCCUUCCUUCUCAGUGAUUUUGCCCAGACGUGAGCUAGAGAAAAGCCUGACCCAGGUUUCUUCCUUUAUUCUUACCUAUUUCAGGAUGGGGUAGGCAAGAGGAAGAAACUCAUUUUUCUUGAGUAAUUGCUUUGAGCCUGGGCAAUUAUAGUGAAGUAAAUUAAUCUUCACAACAUUCUUGUAGGUACUAUUACUUCUAUUUUACAUAGCAGAAAAAAUAUAAUUUUAAGAGAACAAACUGCUGGAGAUCAUAUAUCUGGGAAGUGAUAGAGCAGAGAUUAAAAUCUAGGCUCUACAGCCUGGUGUCUUUCUAGAGAAAUGCCCCUUCUUGUGCAAUUGAAGCUGGAGACCAGGCCUCUACCCUACUCUCCUUUGCCUGUGUUUUGUCCUUCUGGAUGUCCAUAGGUGUUUCCUGCUUGUACCUACUAUUUUGAGAGCCAGGGGGUUCUCAGAGAAGGCAGAGUCCUAUCUGACAAAGCAUCUGCAGGACCAAAGGGAAAGAGCACUCAUAAUAAUAUAAAGCAAUGCCAGCCUCAUACUAUGUCCUACGCAGCCUCACAACCUUCAGGGAGUCUAGAGAAUGAGGAUACAGGUUGAGAGAGGGGUAUGGAGGGGGGAUACCAAUGGGGUAAAAAUUGGGAAAUCAGGUCAGUGUGUUGACCACUUCUCCACGUGUUUAAGCUGCACAUGCAGUGAACUGAAAGUCAAGUCUUACUUGUUGACUCUUCCCAAGAGCUCUAGUUGAAGGUGGGAAGACACAGCACAGUGUCAGGUUUCUGGGUAACAGUGGGUCCAGUCAGGAGAAAAUAAAUCCCACUGGCUAUUUUAAUUUUUUUAAAUUUAUUUAUUUUUUAUUUAUUUAUUUUUUUUGCGGUACGCGGGCCUCUCACUGUUGUGGCCUCUCCCUUUUGCAGAGCACAGGCUCCGGACGCGCAGGCUCAGCGGCCAUGGCUCACGGGCCUAGCCACACCGCGGCAUGUGGGAUCUUCCCGGACCGGGGCACUAACCCGUGUCCUCUGCAUCGGCAGGCGGACUCUCAACCACUGUGCCACCAGGGAAGCCCCACCACUGGCUAUUUUUAGAGAAUUUAAGGUUAGUCACAUUUGCAUGAGGAACACAGAGCCUUUUGAGAAAGAAGAUCUGAAACCACUGAACACUGCUAUUCAGGAUCAGAGCAGAUUUAAAUCAAGAUGCAGUGGCAAGAGAGAGCAACAAGUUCCCUGGAAUUAAAUUAUCUGGAGGAAAAAGGGAGUCUAUGCUGGUGACCAAUGCCCAUAACAAAGACCAAAGUAUUGCUGAGGGAACAAAACUACGUUUUCCACAGUGGAGUUUGGGGACCUCUUAGUACAUAGUCAUCUGAUACUCUACUGUGAUUUGGGAUAUAUUCUAAGCAUACGGGUGUGAAGGAUGAGAGCUGUGACCUCAGAGGCAGACUGUGGAACCUCAAGGCUGUGCAGCCAGGGAGUCUAAACAGGAUGGCGUUACUGCAAGGCGUAGAGAAAAGCUUUGUUGCUGACAUGUCACUAUUGCUGCCCUGUGGCUAUAAGUAGGAAUAGUAAUACUUUAGUUCUCAACCUCUGCUUGUUUCUGAAAGGGGACUGACAACUCUGAAAAACUGGCGUUCCAACACUCAGGGGGAGUGGUAGUGAGUAGCUUCAAGAAGAAAAUACUGUACUUCCUGCUCAUAAGCACAUGGGGAGCUGAAUGAUUAAUUUUAAAAAUAAAAGGGAUAUAAUUUAUUCUCUGGUUUCCUUUUUUCUUUUUUCUUCUGGUUUCCUUUUUUUCAGUGACAUUUAAAAACAAUGUCAAAUCAAUAGCAUGAAUCAGGUGUUCACAAGGGUGUAUUGUAUUAUUAUAUUUAAUAAGAUGUUAUAUUAGUAGUAUUUUGCUAAGGACUGUAUGUAAUAACAACAUGUAUUUAUUUCUUCAUCUGCGCAUCCAAAAUUUAGUUAUUGAGUGCUUUAUGUGUGAUGAGCACAGUAGUGAUUAGCAUAGAUGUUACCAAGAGGUAAACUACUUUCAGAGAGAUUAUGGUCAAAAUAGCCCAUGAAUUAUCAUUAUUCCCUAUUUUGCAGGCUAGGCAACUGAGUAAAAAGAUAAAAUUCUAAUGGUCAUUCAACUAACAGGGACAAGGAUGAAGAGAGAUAAAUUAGGCAUAUUUGCUACUAAAUCUACUUUUCCUAUUGUAUUGUCUAGGGAUUGAGCUACACUUUUUGACUUCAAUUAGAUAGAUUUGUAGUUUUCUGAAGUUUUUCAUGUUCCAGAUUAUAGAUAUAGAUAGUGCACAUCAAAACCCGUCAUGUAUUGAAUUAGUAAAUACACGUAAAGUUAGUUACUACAGUAAAGGUAUCACAGGAACUUAGCAUAGGAUAAGUUUACUUCUCAUCCACAUCCUGAUUUCAGUGCAUGCGGGCUUUGCUUCAUGUCAACAUUUAGGGACCUAUGCUUCUAUCAUAUGUGGGUAUUCCACAUUACCCUUUGAGACCUCCACAGGUCCUUUUGAAUCUGGCUGUCACACAGCGAAGGGAGAGAAAGUGCAGGAUCUUGUGGGAUGUUUCAGGGGCCAAUCUGGGAGAGAUUUACAUCAUUUUCUCUAUCAUUCCAUUGACCAGAAUCCUCACAUAAAUCUAGCUGCCUAGAGGAGAGGCCAGGUGACUAAAUAUUUAUUUCUUAAGAGAAAUGACAAAAGAGAGACUCUCACAUGUAAAACGUUCAUAACCUCUUCCCAAGUGAGACCACCCAAACUCUCAUCUAGUCACUGUAUGCAGCACAGAGUCCAAGAUCUACAGGAGUGUGUGGUCAUCUCCAUCCUGAUGUGGUUCCUCUUGGACCAAUCAUCCUCUUUCUCCCAUUACAUAUUUUGCGUACCGCAAAAGAAAAAAAAUUAAUGUUUUUAUGUAUGUACAUAAUUAAAUUAAAAAGUCAGUGAAAUAAUUACUUUUAUCAGUGUUUUAGACAAUGAAACUGAAAUAUGGGGAGUUUAACUGCUCAAUUCAUACAGCUGGCAAUAGCCCAGCCAGGAUACUAAACCUGGCUUCCACACUUAAAAUCCAAGCCUCUUUACACUGAAAGUGAGUGUCUGGAGGCUCUUUCCCAAGAGUAUAUGGCAUAUUGAUCAAUCUGUCACUCAGUGGAGAGUAGGAAGAAUGAGGCAUAGUGAUCAUUAUAACAUGUUUAUUAUUUGGUGAACUAAGCAAUCCAUUUGGCUAGGAAAAAAAGACUUUGCUGCAAAAGGAAAGUGAAGUGAUGAUACUAAGCAAGGUAGUAUUUUCCCACAACAGGAAAAAAAAUCUCAGAAAUAUCUUCUUGCUGACACUAGUUGGCUGGAUAAAUGUAGUACAGAACUUCUCAGACUCCUUUUAAGUCAGUAGUGUAUCUGGGAAGUCAAGGAGACUGCUCUCACCUCAGCCGUGAGGAAGCAAGACACAUGGACCCAUAAAUACCCUCCUUGGGCUCAAUCUACAGACAAAUCAAUAUUUACUUUUUCAGAAGUAUGUGUCUAAGAAAAGGCUCAGCCUAUUUCUCAAGCAGGACACAGUUCUUAAUUCUAUUAUAAACAUCCAAGUAAAUGUCAUAGAUUCAGUGACUUUGUUGAGGAAAUUCACCAAGGUCUGUUUGUCCCUAGAGUAUUGACUCCUCUAGUCUCCCUUCCCAAUUAUGUCCCAACAACAGUGCCUCCUGACAGACAACAAACUGCAUAAACUCAAAGGCUGAGUAGAAAAUCAUUGCUUGUUUGAAUCAUAUACGGGACUCCUGAUGUCACCAUGGCAGAAUGGCAAGGCAGGUCUCAGGAAUACAUUUAGAUGGUCCUGGGCAGGGGACUGGGUCUGGGGAAGGAUUCAAAUCCCUGCAUUCCAUCCAUUGAACUUCUAUCCCUGAGAUGCAGCUUACUGACAUUCCACCCAGUGCCUUCUCUUCCUUCCUACCACAGGUGAUGGGGAAUCACUGGAAAACAUGGAAGUGAUCUAAAAGUGUCCCUUUGCCUCUCUCUCUUAUGAGUCUAAAAUAAAAGAUGGUGAAUUAUUUAAUAAAACAUCUGUAAGAGGCAAACAAGAUGUAGAUCAGUCUCUAGGGCAGACAGUGUCUCAGAGAGACCAGGAGAACCACAGAAACCUCCAGAGGUUCUCCUACCACUUCUCACCAUUCUCACUCCACAAGUUGGAUUGUAGCUUGGCAAUCAAUGUAUAUAUAUGAUAGAGUCGAGGCUAAUUUUUCCGAACAGAAUUCUUUUUCCUCGUAAACACAAAUAAAUUUACAUUUUCAGACAUACCUACAAUUGUGUGAGGCUAUAAGACUAAGCCUGUCCAAGGGAAUGGCAUGCAGCUCCUCCAGGAAUGGCUUUUACCACCUCCUUGAUGCCCUCUGCACUCUAUCCGCCUCCUCUGGUUAGUUGCAGAUAAUCCACUGGAAGACACGAACCCAUGGAAAAUGGUGGAACCACACAGUGGAGGAGGCUAGGACACUGAGUGACUGCAAGGAAGAGAGCUUUCCCCUUCCACAUUGCAUUGGACUGGAUGUUAUUAAAAAAUAUAAAAUUGUUUUGUGUUAAAACACUGACAAAUUGGAAUUGAUUUUUUGAUAGCUGGAAGGUUAUUCUAACUAAGGCUGCAGACAAUGAGAAAAUUGACAUCCAGUGCUAGAAAGAUCACCUAACAAGUUGACCUGUCUACUAAAUGGCAAUUCUAGGGAAAAGGUUGAAAGAAUUCAAAAUAAUUAUGUGUGUUUGAGAUUGUUGAUUUCACUUGACAAGUUAUUAUGAGAAAUAAAUGAGGUUAGCAGAAAGUUAGCUGGUUUUCAAGCAGAAAUGAAUCAUAAUACAUAAAGGCCAUAAAUAUAAAGCCUUGAAGAAUUUUCCUAGUACUUGGGAAGUCAAAGGUUAAGAGAAAGAUAUAGAAUGCCUUUAAGUAACAAAGACUCAUAGAAAGCAUCCCUGAGAAGAGACUACGUUAUGUGGAUAGCUGUCCUACUAAAGUCUGAUAGACUUAGGUAGACACAAUUAUGUAGAAAAGCAGUGGCAUGGGGAAAGCAAAAAGACAUUAAAAAAAGGAAAAAAAAAUAAAUUUUACCUAAGAAAAUCCUUGUUAAGUUUCGAGAGGGUUCGUUGCCAAAGAAACAUGAGCUAGGCUUUUAAAAAUGCUUUUGAUUAAAAAUUAAAACAAUUUUUAAUAUUUUACAGACAUGAAGCAGUCUCCAUAUGUAGUAUCUGCAAAAGAAGUCACAUUCUCCAAUGUCUGCUUCAUAUAAGGCAAUGGGGGACAUUGAAGAAGAUUCAGAAGAACCAGUGGCAGUCUGUAAGGGACAAGAACAUGAAGAAGCCAACUAAUGAAAGAAACAUGGGUCUCUAAAUGCAGAUGUGAAACAAAGCCCACAUUCAUUGGAAUGAAGCUGCAAAGAUUUUCACAACAGUUUUUUUUUUUUUUUUUGAAUUAUUUUCUUGGUAAGGAUACCGAAGCUCAAAGAGCUCUAAGUGACAUUCUCACGUACAUCUUCCAGUCAAGGCCAGAGCCUGAAUCUAAACCUGUAUCUCAUGACUCAUUGUGCAUUUCUCUUCCCACUAUAUCCUGCUUGGUUUUCAUGAAAUUCAUCAUUUUUAUAGUCAUGGACUUCAGCUUCUGACAUGUGAAUGAAGAGAAUCCCCAUGAGAAAGAAAAGUAUUUAAGGCCCACUGAUGAACUUCAACACUCUUCCUUGAAGAAAAUUAGCAUCAUUCUGCAAAGACCUCUGGCAUAGGAGCCAGAAGAACUGGACUAAAAACUAGCUUCUCACCAUCUGUGUACACACUGGCUACUCCCAGCUCCAAAGGUGCCUCUUCUGUACUCUCUUCCUGAACUUGAGUCAACUCAAAACUGCAGAGGUCUCCCUCGCCCUGCCUCCACCCGCGAACCUCCCAACCAACCUGUAGGGCGCGUCAACCUCUGAGUACUAGUGGGGACAGCGGUGGCUGGCCAGAAAACGGAUUUGCUCACCAACCUGGAAUCUGUAUCUUGGAUCAGAGCCGAGGAUUUACAGCUGCCGCAGCCUCCACCAAAGCAGAAAGGCGUAAGGGGAAAGGGGCGGGGCGAGGGGGGAGGAGAUGCUGCUGAUUUGUCCGGCGCGGCAUUAGGUCCUGCACUCCAGGGCCCCGUCCAGGGUCAAGAGAGCUGUUCCGCUUACCUGAUGAGCUGAAAAUUCUGAGGCCUUGGAGAACACCUGAAGGCCAGGGGUGGCACUUGUAAAUUGUCUUCACUUUAGCUUUCCGACCUCAUGUCAGUGUUGAUAACACUGAGAAUACACCUGUACCCCAUAUUAAAAUACCAAUUAAAAUGUCUGAAUAAAAAAUAUCUAAAGUUAUAUGAGUAAGGAAAAAUAACCACUGGCAUUAUAAUGGCAUGUCUUGCAAAAAGAUUAUUAAAAGUUAUCAAUUUAAAAUUAUGAAUAUAAUUUAAAAUUACAUUACAGAUAUAAGCUUAUAUCUGUGAUUUUAAUCUAUAUAACUGAGAGACUGUAAAUGUUUGUUCUUAGGUCCUUAUGAAUACAUGCAAAGCUUAUAAAGCCCUGGGAACCUUAACUAUAGGGUUUCAAUAGCACGGCACCUCUGAGAAAAAAGUAAGGCUAAACUUCCUGCCCCAAGGAAAUUGACCUGGUCUGUGAAGGUGAGCUGUGGGAGGAGGGCCUGGACCUCCAAGGGUGUCCAGAUGAAAGUCAGGACAGAGGGCUGGGUGACCUAACGUAAUAUUUUCAGGGUUCAUCUAUGUCGUAUCUUGUAUGAGUACUUUGUUCCUUUGAUGGUUGAUAAUACUCCAUUGCAUGGAUUUUCCACAUUUUGUUUAUCCAUUCAUCAGUUUUUUAGACAUUUGGAUUGUUUUUACUUUUUGGCUAUUGUGAAUAAUGUGGCUAUGAAUUUUCUUGUACAAGUUUUUUUCUAAACAUAGGCUUUUUUAUUUCUGUUGGGUGUAUACCUAAGCAUAGAAUUGCUGGAUCUUGUAUUUACUUUUCUGAGGAUCUUCCAGGCUAUUUUCCAAAGUGAUUGUACUGUUUUGCAUUCCCACCAACAGUAUAAGAAGGGGUCCAAUGUCUCCACAUCUUUGCCAAUACUUGUUAUUAUAUGUUUUUUUUCUAUUAUAGUCAUCUUACUGGGUGUGAAGUGAUAGCUCAUGUUAUUGUAAUUUGCAUUUGUCUAAGGUGUUUGCCUAAGGUGUUUAAUUUGCAUUUGCUUAAUGGUGUUUAUCAUCUUUUCAUACACUUUACUAUCCAUUUGCAUAUCUUUUUUGGGAAAGGUCUAUUGGAUCCUUUAUCCAUUUUUUAAUUGCGUUAUUUGUCUUUUUCUGAGGUCUUUCUAUAUUCUAGAUACAAGUCCUUUAUGAAUUCUGUGAUUUGUAAAUAUCUUCUCCCAUCCUAAGGGUUGUCUGUUCAUUUUCUUGAUUUCAUCCUUUGAGGAACAAGUUUUUAAUUGUGAUGAAAUCCAAUCUUUUUGUCACUUCUACUUUUGAUGUCAUA